AUGGACACCGUAACUUCCAAACUCUUGUUUCUCUUUUCAACUCUCUGUCUUCUUCAUGCCAACGCAACCGAUGUUCACUAUUGCGAUAAGAAAGCAAACUAUGCUGUUGAGGUUAAAGGAGUUCAAAUAUCGCCUGAUCCCAUUGCAAGAGGCCACCCUGCUACAUUCACCAUUGCUGCAGCUACAAGUAAAGAUUUAUCAGGAGGGAAACUAGUGAUUGAUGUGUCGUAUUUUGGAUGGCACGUAUAUAGCGAGACCGAUGACCUUUGUGGAGAAUCAUCUUGCCCUAUUUCGGUUGGUGAUUUUGUGCUUUCUCAUUCACAAGUUUUACCUGGAAUCACCCCACCUGGUUCAUACUCAUUGAAGAUGAAGCUAUACGACGGAAACAAGAACGAGUUGACUUGCUUUACAUUUGGUUUUGAUAUUGGGUUUGGUUCUUCUGUGGCUGAUAUGUAA